AUGGACUUGACGGAGGCUUUCGCCCCGGGAGGUGGCGGCGAGGAUCUGCCGAAGACGGACUUCUUCGACUUCGUCGUGUCGCCGCCGCCGCACUGCGCCACGACCGACGGCGUCGUCUCCGAUGAGGAGAGUUUCCUGCAUCGCGGUGCCGGUGGCUGCCGCACUAUGGGCGGUUACCUUCCGACCCACGACGACCACGAGAGCUCGCACGGCAGUUCACCCUUUAUCAAGGAGACCAACAACAACACGCUGACAGCACUGCCGCCCGUCUCGACCAUCACCGGUUCGUUGAGCCAUCACCAUCAGCAUCAUCACGUGCAUCACCAGGUGCGUUCACAACAUGGAAACGUUCCGACCAGCGACACCACUGCCAUGGAUCAAUCCGAGUGCGAUUAUUGGGGCCAGGAGGACGAGAGUAAGGAGCAGACGUGUAACAUUCUAUUGGAAGAUCUCAAUAAAUACUGCUGGUCCUCAAACGCGCACACCAACGACAGUGUCAUUCAUCCGGCGGCCGGCGGACCCAACGAUCAUCAUCAGGCCGUUAGUUCGGGCCGUACGGGUUGCGCCGCCAACGAUCGACAGAACACGGACGGUGCCAUUUAUACUCUAACGGUGCUGAACAACGAGGCAAACUCGAUGGACGCGUUGGAUUGCUGCAAGAGCCCGGCGCCCGCGUCCGGCGACUCCUGGUCUCUGCGGCCCAACCUCGACCUAGACGCCAUUCUGAGCAUGGAGCCGUCCUCCGGCGAGCAGGAUCACGAGCAAGCUAGUGGCGAGGUGUCCAGGAGCGUUAACGAAAGGUUUCACGGAUCGGAUGGUCACGGUUUUACUGUGCCCUCAUCGCAAUACGCCACCGACGAUAGCGGAUUCGUCGAGAGCAAAGAGUUGUGCGCGCGAGCGUCCUCGGCCAACUGUUCCGGCGACAACAAUAACGAUUGGAAGCUGUCGGAUCAGAAUUUGCAGGAAGUCGCAGCAGCGGCGGCGGCUGCGGUCGCCGUUGGUGCCGGGGAUUCCGCCGAAAGUCUCCUGAGAAGCGCUCUUCAGGGUAAAUUGUACACCGGACCGACCCAAUCGGUUUCCUCGUCCUCGCCGUCCUCGCAGGCGUCCACCAUCUCGAUGCCGGUUUCGGGAACCGCGGGUCUAAUGGUAUCCGAUCAGCAGCAGCAGCAACAGCAACAGCAACAGCAGCAGCAGCAGGAAGACUCUAUGCAGGCUUGUACCGAUGAAGAUUUGCUGCUCUCGCAGCUGGAUCAGACGACCUAUCGACCGGGCGAUUAUGAGAAGCUUAAAAGCAUCGCGAAUGAAGUAGUAGAAUCGUACUGCAGCCUCGAGCCGGUUUGUAACGUGUCGGCGACCACUACAGUAAUGUAUACAUUAGAUCCCGCAAGUGGAAGUCUGGGUACCAUAACGUUACCGGCCGAUCUGGGCCAGGUGAGCACUGUGACAGUAGUUACGGCUGCGCAGCAAGACGUUUUACAACAACAAUCCGCUCAACGAACUGACGUGGAUCAGCAACAACAGCAGCAACAGUCGGGUCAGUUGCAGCUGACUUCUGGCCGGGUAGGAGUUACCUCUAAGCCGCCGAAGAAAUAUGUCAGGCGCGCUAAUCGCAAUAACAACAACGCCAAUGGUGCCAGUAACGGUAGCGCCGGCACGGAGACUAGCAAUGCGAGUCAGCAGCAGACUGGCGGUUCCGGCGGCUCGCCCGGUAGCGUUCAGCGCAAGGAACGUUCCCUGCAUUACUGCAGCAUCUGCAGCAAAGGCUUCAAGGACAAGUAUAGCGUGAACGUGCACAUCCGGACGCACACCGGCGAGAAGCCGUUUGCCUGCUCGCUCUGCGGCAAGAGCUUCCGACAGAAAGCCCACCUGGCCAAGCACUAUCAGACCCACGUGACUCAGAAGCCCGCCAAUAUCCAGCAGACUACUUCCGGAAGCGGUGGAAACAACGGAAAUACCAGUCCGACGGCGGAGACUAACGCGACCGCUACGUCCCCCGCCAUCGCCAGCAGGACCCAGGUCGCUGUAGACCCGACGGGAACUGCCUGUAGUCCCCCCAGUUAG